AUGGGGUAUUGGCUUCCGAAUCUUGAAGAGCUUUAUCUAAUCAAGAAUAAACUCAGUGGAACAAUCCCGAGCUCUAUCUCUAAUGCUUCUAAGCUAACUAUCAUUAACAUGAGCAUGAACUCUUUCACUCGAUCUAUACCCAAUACGCUUGGUAGUUUAAGACCCUUGCGGAAGCUCUUCCUUCAUACAAAUAGUUUGACCAGGGAAUCUUCUACUCCAGAGUUGAGAAUUUUCUCUUCUUUAACAAAUUGCAGACAAUUGGAGGUAUUGCGCAUAUCAUUAAAUCCACUCAACAGCAUUCUUCCAAUUUCUUCAUUUGGGAAUUUGUCUACUAAACUACAAGUGUUUGACGCAUUUGGAUGCAAAAUUAAGGGCAAAAUUCCUAGUGGAAUAGGUAUCGUCCCAAGCACCAUCGAAGGAGCUCAGUCAUUAGUUUCUCUUUCAUUGUUUGACAAUGAAAUGCAAGGACCCAUUCUUCAAUCAUUGGGCAACCUCACAAGCUUGGAAUUAUUAGAUCUAUCCCGUAACAAUUUGUCUGGAAAAAUUCCCGAGUCCUUAGAAGAACUCAGGUAUCUCCAAUAUUUGAAUGUGUCUUUCAAUAGACUGCAAGGAGAAAUUCCUAGUGGAGGACAUUUCGCAAACUUUACAGCUUGGUCGUUUAUGCAUAAUGAUGCACUUUGUGGUGAACCCCGACUGCAAGUUUCCUCGUGCAAAACCAACAAAAAUGGGCGAUUGACACCAAAAAUUACCAAAGCAGAUUUGUCACCUCUGGCAUGGAGAAAGUUUUUGUAUCAAGAACUUUUACGAGCAACAGAAGCAUUAAGUGAAACCAACCUAGUUGCCAAGGGAAGUUAUGGUUCAGUAUAUAAAGGAAUGCUUUCUGAUGGGAUGAAUAUUGUAGUAAAGGUUUUCAAUUUGCAGUUAGAAGGAGCUUUCAAGAGUUUUGAUGUCGAGUGCGAAGUGUUGCGCGACAUUCAGCAUCGCAAUCUAGUUAAAAUCAUUAGCAGUUGCUGCAACAUGGAUUUCAAAGCAUUGGUACUAGAGUACAUGCCUAAUGGGAGCCUCGAGAACUGGUUGCAUUCUCACAACUAUUAUUUGGACAUAGUACAACGGUUAAACAUAAUGAUAGAUGUUGCAUCAGCAUUGAAACAUUUACAUCAUGGUCAUACAACACCUAUUAUUCACUGUGAUUUAAAACCAAGUAAUGUCCUUCUUGAUGAAGACAUGACUGCAUAUGUUGCUGAUUUUGGGAUUGCCAAACUCUUAAGUGACGGGGAUCUUAUGGUUCAAACCAUGACUUUGGCAACCAUCGGGUAUCUGGCACCAAGUGAUAAUACAGAAUUAAAGGAAGAGUAUCAACAAGAUGCGAUGCCUAUAGUUAGGGUAUAG